AUGAACAUUGUUCAGCUCAUGCUGAUAGAAGGAAGGAAAGCGGAACAGGACCAGAGGAGCACGGGGAGCUGGCUGAAGGCCUCUAUUGUGCCCGGCGGCCAGAGUGUGACCCGGGACCCCGGCCACCCCGGGGGGCAAACCGAGGUGAAGGGUUCACUCCCCACAGUCGGGGAAGACGCGGCGGCGUGGAACUCUCCGUCUCCGUCUUCCUACUACCACGACCAGCCGAUGGGUUUGGGGCGUCCUUCUCCACCAGCAGACACAAAGGACGCAUGGAUCCGGCUGCUGUGCUGCGAAGGGGACCGGCCCCCCACCCGCAGGGCCUACCGGGACCCCAACCUGCUCCAGCAGCGCGUCCUGCACGCCUUGCUGGAGCAGGAGGACCGGUACCUCCCCGCGGCCAACUACUUCAAAUGCGUGCAGAGGGACGUCGCCCCGCACAUGCGGAGGAUCGUGGCCACCUGGAUGCUGGAGGUGUGCGAGGAGCAGAAAUGCGAGGAGGAGGUCUUCCCGCUGGCCGUGAACUACGUGGACCGCUUCCUGUCGGUGGAGCCCACCAAGAAGAGCCGCCUGCAGGUCCUGGGAGCCGCCUGCAUGUUCCUGGCGUCCAAGCUGAAGGAGACGAUCCCUCUGACCGCGGAGAAGCUCUGCGUCUACACCGACAACUCCGUCACGCCCGCCCAGCUGCUGGUAGGUGCCUACAACCGCUGCGCGCGUAAGUAG